UUUGUGGUUUUCCUAUGUAGCUUUACAUGUACAAAAUUCUAAAACGAUUUUGUCGACUUAUUUGUAUAAAAAGCUGCCUAUUUUAUUGUGUUGUUAUGCCAAAGUGUUUGAAUCAUUGAUUGAAUAUCUGGGACAUAUAUAUAGCUAUUCAAAGGAAAAUGGCUGGACUUGUAACAGGCCUUGGUAACCAACUGGUCAUUGGUAAUUUACAAAAUGAUUAUGCCAAAUUACCUAGAUCAAGUGGAGAUGGAAUGGAAUCCCAGAGUUUCUCCAAUCAUGAUAAAAAUAUUGGAGCAGGCGAUAAUAUUAAAAUCACGGAAACUUUCAAUGAGUCUACAUCAGUAAAACAACACAACUUGUCAUUGUCAUCUUGUAAGGAACAUAACGCAGCGAUAUUCGGGGGAAGUCCUAGCGAGGUUGAUAAUGGUGCGUGUGAUAAAAAAUUGCGACCAUUGGCCUUGCAAAAAGAGAAUAGAAAUUCGCCUUUGAAAAGGUCGAUUGAAACUAGCACUCAGUCGGUAUUUGUUGCAUCAGACCCGGAUACGUGUCUAGGAUAUGGAAACGAGGUGAUUUGUACCAAUUCAUUGUCAGUGGAAAGAAAAGCUGAGUGCUUGGACUUACAAUCGCUUGUUAAAGACUUAGAAACUAAAAAUCAAGGGCUUUCAGAGGAAAAUAAUCAACUGUUAAAGAAACUUUCCGUCCUGAGCAAGGUAAAUGCCGACCUGAAAAAGUUGUUGGUUGCAUCUGUUGGCGAGGACAUUGGAAUGAGGCUAGAAGAAAUGACCUCCGAUAAAGCUCAAUUCGAUACAACACUGAAAAAUCUAGAGAAAGACCUUGAAGAGACUUCCGAAGAACUGAACAAAGUUUCUAUUGAGUGUGAUGUAUGGAGGAGUAAAUUUCUGGCAAGCAGAAUGAUGACAAAUGGACUUACAGACAUCAAGACGACGCUGUUUCUGAAAAGUCGCAACUGUCAAGCAGCUCUGGAGAAAUUGUUGGAAGAACAGUCUGAUAUCAGGCAGCAUCUUCGAGCUACUAAUAGACUAUUGCAAGGUAUUCAUAAGCGAACAAACUCGGCUGCGCAUCAAUCGACAAAAACAAAAGCAUGGCAAGAAUUUCAAAAAAGCUCGAUAGUCGAGUUAUCCCAUAUCAACUUCAGUUUGGCCGAAGAUAUUUGCCAUACGGUUAAUCCCGGUCAUUUUUACGCAUCGGUUGACACAAUUAGCUCAGCGGACGAGGAGAUCAUCCCGGUAUCCGACCUAACACCUGCCGAACAAAUGGCUUGUCAGGUAUUAAAGAAUGAGACAGACGAAGCAAAUGGGAUGGGACUUGCAAUGAGCAAGAUGGGGAGGCAAUAUAUAGGAAAUAGUUACGCGAGCAGAUUCCUUACUAAUAACUUUAGGAUUACAUUUGACUGUUGUGAACGUUGUACUGGCGCACUUAAAGUCGUUUAGAUGUAUAAAUCAGUCUGCAAGCAGGCUCUAUAUAUACCUAUUCGAAAAACGCCUGUUUCGAGUUACGCGAAAACGAGGCUGGUCAGAUUUUCGCUGCUGAAUUUAAAGUAAUUUGUUUAUUUUCUUACUUUUAGAAAGUGAGAAAAUAAAGUUCAGUCCCAGUCAAAAUUUAAAAAUAUAAAAAUGAUUUUGAAAUUUUGACAGCAGAAAACUGACUAGCCUCGUUCUCGCGUAACCCGUAACAGGCCUCUUGGAAUAGGUCUAUGCUUUGCCGUGAUGUGAUGGAAAACAGCGUUGUACCCAUGGCCGGCACAUAAUCCAAAGCAAUCGAAUAUUGUGGCAU